AUGGUCUCUGCCGGCGCUUCUACUGCCGCUUGUCCCGCGGCUGGUACAGCUGCCGCCGCGACCGCCGCUGCCGCUGCCGCGGGUUGGACCGAAGGAAUUUCUAUGCACAGCGAUGACGGGGGCGCCGGCCGUUACCGACGCGUCGUGACGCGAAGGUCCUCAGACACGGCGCGCCCGGCGGUGGAUCUGGGUCAGAAGGAGCAGGCAUGGAAGAGGUCGGAGCGGACGCACCUCCUCGGCAGGGUGGAGCUCCAGCGGGAGAAGGCCGCCGCGCGGGGGGUCGGCAGGCUGCAGGCAGGCCGGGGUCGCGGGCUAGCUUCGGCCGGGAGCGUCAAGUCUAGGAGCGACUCCGGGUCAAGCUGCCCGGACUCGUCGGCCGUCGCUGGUCCGACGGCGGCACCACGCGGUUUUCCUGCCGAAAGUGAAGACGGAAGGAGGGGCGGCGGGGGCUGCCGCGACGACUCGGAGUACGGCGGCGGCGGGAACGCUGUUACUGUGUCGCCGUCGAGACGGUGCUGUGUCGAAGGGCGCCUAGAGGUGAUGGAAAGGAACGUGACGGCGGUGCUUCGGAGGCUGGACGAGCUCGAGAAGAGGAAGAGCAAGGGCGGCAACGAUGACCGGAGCGUCCAUUCGACGCGGUCGGACCGUCAUGUACACGCGGUUUAG